CGUUUUCUAUCUGUAAGGCUGUGGUUGGACUGAUGCCGAAGCCUACAAGGUCUAUCUAUAUAUGGCUCGAGCAUAUUGGCUUCAAGGAAAGUUGGGAUGCUCUGUGUUGAAAGCCUAUCUUAAGACGGUCUACGACAUGUGAAAACUGUGAGUCGAUUAGCGCUCCUACAUGCCACUGUGCUCAACGGCUGCAUGCUUGAUUCGGCUUUUCUCUUGAGCUUCACAGACGAUUAGUCCUCAGUGAUGCCUACAUCUUUGUGCAAUACGGAUAUGCUUCAGUGUUGGCGUGGCUGCGUUAGUCUGUGUGACAUCACUUUCCAGGUUUGCAACUCCCAAAUCGUCGGCUCUCGACUCCGCAAACUUCCAUCUACCUACUACCCACCUCACCAACAACCUGCAAAAGAAAAUGUCCUUCUCGAACCCCAACUACUCUUUCUACGCCGUGCCUGCUGCAUGGCUUCUUGCUAUCGUGCCUCAUUGGAUUGCCGCUGGCAUGGCCAACUCCGUUGACAAGUUUGACAACGUCGAGCCUCGUAUGGCUCACGAAAAUCUCAAGGCCAAGAUGACUGCUGCUCAGCAUGCCAAAUUCCGUCGUGCCGAGGCCGCACAGAUGAAUGGGUUCGAGAACUUGCCUUUCUUUGCCAGUGCCGUUGUGGCUGCAAACCUUGCCAAGCUCGACAACGGCCUCGUCAACAAGUACUGUGCCGCUUACUUGAUCAGUCGUGUGGUGUAUAACUACUUGUACAUCACGACAACUGAUCUCAGCAAGAGUCCCCUUCGCUCUCUCACGUACCUCUUUGGUAUUGGAUCCAUCUUCACCUUGUUCAUCAAGGCUGGACGGGCUGCCAAUGCUCUUUUGUAGAUUUUCAAAAGUAUGAUACGCUA